AUGAAAGCUUACCUUGGAAUAUUAAUAAUGAUGGGGUUAAACCCAUUGCCUGAUAUGGAGCUAUAUUGGUCUAAUGACCCUUUUUACAAUAAUGCAGAAAUUUUAAAAAUUAUGCCUAUCAAAAGAUUUAAAAAAAUAACUGAAAAUUUACACAUAAAUGACAAUGAAAAAGAACCAAAUAGGAACUCACCGGAAUACGAUAAAAUGUACAAGUUGAGACCAAUGAUUCAAGAGCUUAAUAAAUUGUUCCAGCAGGAAACAGGUAAUUCAAGUAAACAAUCAAUAGAUGAAUGCAUGGUGAAGUUUAAAGGAAGAUCAUCUUUAAAGCAGUAUAUGCCAAAGAAGCCAAUCAAGCGUGGCUUCAAAAUCUGGGCACGUUGUGAUUCUGUAACCGGCUAUCUGUACCAGUUCGAAAUUUAUACCGGGAAGGGAGACAGUAUGGAAGACGAGGGACUGGGGUACAAUGUGGUUAAAAAGCUGUCAGCCGGCCUUCCUGAGAAUACUCUGAUAGCGUUUGAUAACUUUUUCAAUAGCUGUAACCUAAUGGAAGAUUUGUACGAAAAUCAAAUUUUUGCUGUUGGUACAGUUAGAGUAAAUAGAAAAGAUCUUCCGGAAAUUUUUAAAAAGUCUCAACCAAAACAUUUAAGACUUGAAAGGAACCAAUUUGCAGCUGUAACUGCUAAACCAAUUACAGCAAUCAAGUGGCUUGAUACAAGGGAUGUUAAUAUUCUUACAACAGCUCACCAUCCAACUGACACAGUAUUUGUAAAGAGAACUCAGAAAGAUGGUACUAAAAAAAAAGUUCUCAUCCCCACAGCUAUCGCUCAGUAUACGCUCACCAUGGGAGGCGUCGAUCACUUUGAUCAUUUCAGAUCAUCAUAUCCGAUCAAUAGAAAAUGCAGGAAAUUUUGGAUGAGAUUGUUUUUCUUUAUGUUUGAUGCGGCAAUCAUAAACAGCUAUAUAACCUACAACACUGUGCAUGUAGCAAGUACUCAUUCUCAUAGAAAUUUUCGAUUGCGAUUGGCUCGUGAGCUGAUAUCAAAUUACUCUAACAAGGUAAAACGCCAGGUUGUUUUCAAAAACAAAAAGGGCUCCAACUUUGGAGUUCCAGAUGCGAUACGUUUACUCAAUGUCGGCGUCCAUCUUCCAGAUGAAGGAAAUACUUACAAAAGAUGCCGAUUUUGUAGCACAAAAAAAGAGGAGAGAAGAACAAAAAUAGUAUGUUCCACGUGCCAAGUUGCACUAUGUGCAAAGAAAUGUUUUAAAUUAUUCCACGAGGCUUCACCCCAAGAAUAA